UCUAGCGACAUUCUCACGUGUGGAAACGGGAUGGUUUUACACGCUUAGUCACAGAUAAUGUGUGUUUAUCAGAUAAGCUUCAAAUGCUAUCUUUAACAUUUUUAUAAUAUUAAUUCUUUGUAAAUAACAUCGGAGUUUAAAAAUGUCAGGUUCAGUUUUAUUAUCAUUGCACCAAGAGCUCAAGCAAUGCUUUGCGGUUCUGAAAGCGAAUAAAGCCGUGUGGGACAGUGCGCUGGCGGACUGCGAGCCUCUCCUGAGCUCUAUAGGGAACAUUGCAGUGCAGUUAAAGGCUUUGAAACACGUCCAGCUCGCAAACACUCCUCUCGCUAGUUUCCCUGGUUUACAGGAACGCCUUCAUUGCAAACUCUCUCUGGCUGUGGAUACAGCGCUCGGGAAACUAGCAGAGAACAUGGACGCCCUCCAGCGAGUGCGAGAUGCCGUCGGCCAGCAGGUUUCGGCUGUUUUCCAGCUCUAUGAGAGAAACACACAGACUCUUGACGUCGCUGCAUGUGUGUCCAGAUCAGCCGCGUUUCCCUCCAUCUCAGACAUGCUAGAGUGGCUCCAGGAUUCAGAACGACACUUUCGUAUGCAAUUAGUGCGCAGAAGGACGCUCCUGCAGACGCUGACACCCAGUGACCUCGUGUUGAUGGAAACGGCACCGAAGCAAUGGCAAUGUCUUCACUCCGCAAGCGGAGAACAGAGAAUCGCAGAUUCAUUGAGUCAAGUAUCAUUCUUCAUGGAGACUGAAUGAAUCUCGGCUGUGUGAUUAUCCAGAGCUCAUUUCCACAGUAUCGCAACAAAGGAUCUGUAAAGAGAGUUUGUCAUCCGGAUACACAUGCAGUGCUUCUACUUCCAUGGAGCUCACAUUUUAAUAUUCUUUGCAGGACUGUACAUCAGCAUCACUGUAAGAGCAGGGCACUAUUUUAAUAAAUCUGGUUAUUUAACCCUCUGGU